AUGAUUAUAAAUUUUUGUUUACUUAGUCACAAAGAUGCGAAGAAACUCUUAAAAGCCCAGAAGCAUCGAGAAAAAUUUCUACAACAUCUUCCUCCACAAUUUUACACCUUUUUUAUUUUAUCUUUCGCUCUCUUUCUCAUCAUCAGCGUCGAUAAGAUCAUCAUCAAUUACGCCAUCAAUUACACCAUAAUAAUCAUCAUCAUCAACAACAAGAUCAUCACCAUGACCCAAUCAACAAUGACCACCUUUUUCACCUUUCAUCUCUUCAUAUUCAUCUUCCUCCUCCUCAUCAUCGGCCAUCAGCAUCACGUGACUCGCGGUCAGAGCAUUCACUUCAGUAGAAGCUGGCAACCUGGUAAACGCGGAGAGGCGAACGAGGCAGAUGACGUCAUAAUAAAGACCGCCCCCAGGCUGAUGAUUGACAGGUCGACCGACAGUCACGUGAUGAGUCAAACGUGCUGGAAGAUGGCUUACAUGGCAAAAGUUCUCGAAAAUUAUUUGCAAAAAGUUGAGUUAGAAUGCCUCGGGACCGUAAACAAGAAAACAGAGAACAGCAACGUAGAUGUGUUGCCAUGA